AACAGCCGAACCUUGCCACAUAGAGGCAUUGUAUGAACAGUUUAGUCACCAUUCGCGUGUCUACAACUGUGGACGAGAAAAUCACUUGAUAAUGGCAGGAGAACACAAGAUACUUAGCCGAGAAAAGAUCUUGACCAUCUUGACAAAGAUUUAUCCUGAGUCGAAGAUUGACAUCCAGACUCUAACCGCCAAGGAUGGAGUUGGCGAAGGUCAGAACUUUAGUGGUCAAGUUCAAGCCUGUGAUGUGCGAGCUCUUGUUGAUGGACAGGUGAAGGAACACCAUUGGAUGGUCAAAUUUCCUCCUAAUGAUCCCAACCGAAUGCCCGUGACCCGUGCUUCACAUAUGGAACAGAAGGAAAUUCAGUUCUUCUCUACAUUACUUCCCGCAUUUGAGGACUUUAUCAAGGAAAGGAAGGCGAACAUUCGGUUUACUUUCAAGAAAAGUCCUUAUUCCGAGUAUCACGAAGAAGUGAAUACGGAGGAUUGCCAGAAGAGCUCAAUGUUGGUCAUGGAACACAUGGGACAGUAUGGCUUUCGAGAUUGCUCCACUCGUCACUUUGGAUUGGAUAUGGAUCACGUCAAGUUGGUUCUUGAAGAAGUGGCCAAGUUUCAUGCGGUCUCUUACGUUUACUUCAAAACGAAAAUGGCGGGAGAUUUGAAUGAUAUGAUCAAGAAAGAGGAAUUAUACUGUCGCGAUUUCUUCAGCACCAAUCCCGGAGAAGUGAUGCAGAGUGCAGCAGUAAUGAUUCGAGACUACAUGUACAAAUCUUGGUCUACCGCCCUAGAGAACGCUCAAAAACCGGGUCAAGAUCUUCCCGGAUCUUUGAAGAGGUCCAUCGCUGAAGACGGAGAUAUCUUCGCUCGAAGAGCAGCCCUAUUAACACCGGACAAUUCCGAGUUCAACGUGUUGAACCACGGGGAUGUAUGGUUCAACAACUUUCUGUUCAAGUACGACAAUGGGCAACCUGUGGAAAUGUGUUUGGUUGAUGUAGCCGUUCUUCGAUGGGCAUCUCCAUGCACCGACUUGGCUUAUUUUCUCUUCUCUUCCACCACACCUCAGUUCCGCGAGGUCCAUCUGGAUGCCAUGCUCAGCUUUUAUCAAUCAAAACUGGCCCAAUUCUUAGCCCAGCUUGGGGAUGAUCCCAAUGUUUACCCCUUGAGUCAGUUAAAAGUGGAUUUCAACAAGUACGCCUUAGUGGGCUUUGUCAUGUCACUUUGGACCCUGCCAACAGCUCUGAUGGACAAGAGCCGACCCCAAAAUGAAGGGGAUCCUCAGACGGGUUUGACAGACGUUCGCCAUGGGCAAAGUGGCGACUUACAAUUGCAGCUGAACUCAAUGGUCUAUGGAAACUUUAUGGAUAUGGUCAAAAGGGGUGUCUUCACACUCUAGAUAUGUUCUAGUCUCUUCCUUGGGGCAUCAGAACCAUAAUAACACACAUCCCAAACGGUCCAUUCAUCCUGCAGCUACAGAGGGUUGCUGUCGUUAAACCAUUUACAGAGGUUGUAACCCGAACUGGUUUCAAUCUUUAACGUGCAGGCCCUCAGACAUUAGCCGCAAUGUAUUUAAGUUGGUGCCAUUAAAGUCGCAAGAAGACGGACAGAUGAUUCUUGGCUGUAAAGAACAGAAUUAAUAAAAGUGAUUUAGGAUCACGUCAUUUCCGUAA